AUGGGCCCAAAUCAGAAGUUAACAACAGAAGAAGGCGAAUUAUUCUCUAAUCCAGAGAGAUAUAAGAGGCUUGUUGGAAAGUUAAUUUAUCUCACUAUUAUGAGGCCUGAUCUAUCUUUUGCAGUUGGAGUUGUUAGUCAGUUUAUGCAGACUCCAUGUCUUGGACAUUGGAAUGCCAUCAUCCGUAUUUUAAGGUACCUCAAGAAGGCUCCAGGACAAGGUUUGCUAUAUGAAGAUAAAGGAAAUGUUCAAAUCUCUGGGUACUAUGAUGCUGAUUGGGCAGGCUCCCCUAUUGACAGACGCUCUACUAUGGGAUAUUGUGUCCUCCUUGGAGGAAAUGUUAUCUCUUGGAAAAGUAAAAAGCAAAAUGUAGUGGCCUGA